GGCCAGCCGUAGAGAUAUGCUUAUUGAAAUUCUCAAUUGUAGUGGAUUUAUCGGUGGUGACAGUGUUUCCACAUAAACAGCCAUAGGAUGACAUCUUUAGGAAUUAGAGUGAAAUAACAAGGGUAGGAAAGUGAAGAAAGGAAGGACUGUGACAUGUAAGAAAGGGAGGAUAAAAAAAGAGGCUCAAUUUAUGAAAAGGGACAGCAUUUGGGGAAUAAUAGAGGUGUUUCAGGAUCAAGCAACAAUGUUGAUUGUUGUUCUGACUGUUAUUAUCUGUUUCUGUAUGUCUGACUUCUGGUGAUGCCUCCAAGUAAGCACAGUAUGAAACUAGGGAUUUUCCUCCAGCAGUUCAAGAGGUGGGAAGCAUAAUUUAAGGCCACUUUCAUCAGGCUUGCAAAAUAAUGUCACUAUCAGACAUUUUUAAAAUGUAAUCCCUGCCAUGUAACAUGUCCCUGGCCAAACAAAUAUUAGAGACAGAGGUAUGACCCAUGUUAUAACUGUUGUCUCAUGUCUUCACAAUGCAGUGAGGGAGAUGGUGGAAGAUAGGGGGCUGGGCAGCAUUAUGGGAGUGACAUGCUCAGUGAACUGUGCAAAAUGCUGCCUGAGGAGAGACGUCUGAGGGCAUACCAGGCGGAGCAUAACCAUCUUGAAGACUCUGACCUCUUCAUGCUCCUAGUAGUGGAGGUGCCCAGGUGAUUACAUUUUUUUUGGUGGCUGGUCUUCACUGUGUAUUUCAGCAUGCUGCAUGGUGUCUGCAGCCACAGAGCUUUUGAGCUUCCAAGAGUUGCACUCCAUCCUACGGCUGGUCCCGAGAGCAGGAAACUACAUGAAUGCCGCAAGUAGCAGUCAUCUGGCACCUAGACAGCCAAUGGAGACACAUAUUGAAAACCAUUAUUCUCUCUUCUUUCCAAAUGUAUUGAGUGCAUGUGUAUGAAUGAGUGGAAGUGGGAGGGAAUGAUCUGAUCGUGUCACACCUUAUGACUUUCAUCAACAGGGAGGUUACACAGGUAAUGCUGCUGGGUUCCGCGUCGCCUCUCUGCUCAAACUCGCUGACACCAAAGCCAACCAGCCAGACAUGAACCUGUUGCAUUAUGUGGUAAUGGAAGCCAUUAGGAAAGACAUAACACUGCUGUCCUUUGCCCUCAAGCUGAGCCAUGUGGGUCCAGCCUCCAGACUGUCUGUGGAUGUGGUGCAUGGGCAUCUGUCUCAGCUGCACAGCAGACUAACUGCACUAGAGAUGAGAAUUCAGACAAUCUGCUCUCCAACAGAAAAUCAAAUCCUUUCUGUAGUAGAAUGCAAAGAGGGAGCUUCAGGAACAGAAGCGAGCAGAGGGGGGAGGAUGGAAAGGGACUGGGACAGGACAGGGAGAUGUUGCUCCAUAGCCACCUGUUCAUCACUGGAGAUGGGACCACCACCCCAGACAAAGCCUCAGCAGACUGUGGCUGCUCCCCCCUCUGACCCCAUCAACAGUAUGCCUGCCCAGGAGACCACACCUCCGGUGGACAGCCCACAGUCAUCUCUGGAGAGUGCCCACUGCUACUCACAGUUGAGGGACAAGCAGGAGCAGGACAGCGGCAGGUACCCCAGGUCCACAGAGCGGCAGCACCCCAGGUCCACAGAGCGGCAGCACCCCAGGUCCACAGAGCGGCAGCACCCCAGGUCCACAGAGCGGCAGCACCCCAGGUCCACAGAGCUGCAGCACCCCAGGUCCACAGAGCAGCAGCACCCCAGGUCCACAGAGCGGCAGCACCCCAGGUCCAGGGGGAUAACAUGCAAACAAAAAGUUAUGUACACCAGCUUCUGGGCUGCAGAGAAAAACUCUGCCCAGGAGCAGGGCGUCCACACCCUGCUAGCCCCACUUCCACCCUUUCUUCUACUGCCUCUGCCAUCCCCACUUCCACAGCCUCUGCCAUCCCCAAAAUGCAGGGCAGGUCAGAGGCAGCCUCCACAUGGUCCUCACUUCUCCCUCUCAGAGACUCAAUGCGUUCCCCAAUUCUAUCCACCUCCAGAGAUUAUACUGAGGUCAGACAGGAAGCGAUUGUUGGGGAGAAAAUUAUUUAUCUGAAUGAGCAGACAAAAAAAUAAUCCACUUUGUCGACUACUAGAAAAAGACAAACCGAAGGAGAAGAUAAAGGAGCAGGAAAGAGAGAUGGCUGGAGAGGGAGAGAUCAUGGGAGGGAAUGAGAGGGAAAUAGAGAAGGUAAAGCAUAAGGAAGAGAGGGGAAAAGGUAGGUCAAUGAGAAAGAGAAGGAAAUGGAGAGGAAGAUGGCAAAUUAUAAUGAGAGGGAAAAGUCAGAGGAGAAGAAGCAGAUAAAAACGAAGCUAAAGUGGUGGGAGAUGGAAGUCAAAGUGUAGCCAGUGAUGGAGUCAGCUCUGUGUGUGUCCAAGCGGCUGCCCCUGCACCCUGACUGUCAUACCUCUAUACCCUGCCGUGACCUCCAGUGCCAAGGUCAUACACUGUGCUGUCAUUGCUGCUACGGCUGUGAAUAAGGACAGGAGCAGCCGGUCCACAGUAACAAAAACCCCAGUUAAAAAGUUGCCUGGCCACAGGUCGAAGCUCCCAACUCCACUAUCCAUGUGGAAGUGAGGCCGCCCACACCCACUCGGUCUAUGACCCAGACAUACACAAAAACCCUCAGAUCUAAUAUGAACAGAUUCCAAUUGGGAUUCAAGAAAAUUACAAGUAUUAGUAAUAUCACACUUCCUUGGCUUUAGCUGAGUAGGCUACCCUGAAUUAUGUUGAACUGAGAACUGUGGUGAAAGUUUGAAAGUAGAAUAUUCUAUUACUAUGCUAGACAUAUUAUUCAAGGUAAUGAAAUAAUUGGAAAUGUUUGCUCAUCACUCUGUAUGCUGUUUUUUUAUUCAGCUAAUUUAAUAGAUGCAUCUAUUUUUUAUAAUGAUUUACUACUGAAAGUGUGAUUAAUAUUAUGAGGUAGGUAAUAAAAGAACACCCAAUGGGUCUGGUGAAUUUACCUGUAAUAAUAAAAUGUUGCAAAAUAAAGGAAAAAUUAUGUAUGGAUGAGGUGGUAUAUUCAACAAGAUGCUUGAAUAUGGCGUGAAUGGAUGAGGUGGGGAUGAACAGAGAAGGAUCUGGUCAGGAAUAAAACCCACUUUGAUGGGGUUUGUGUGCUUGUAGGUGACUUGAUUAAUUGAAAAUGCAUUGAAAGUUUCUAUAUUUCGUACCUUGUAUUCAUGAUAGUUCCAACUCUACACAAAACAAUACAACCACGAAAAUGUAAUUUGGUCUGUUAUCUGUGUGGCUUUUGUUAAAUAACUGACUCCUCCACUGUACACAGACUGUAGUGUAGAAGCUAGCUACUACAACAACCAGAACACAAUACAAUUUGGGCAAGAAUCCCCGGAUGAAAUACUUGCUACAACAACGAAAGGAGGAGGGCGCGAGACAAGAAGUGGUGGGGUAAUUUAUCAAAUAACCUGACUUUCAGCUCAGUUAAUGGAACAUUUCAACUUCCCUACUAAAUUCA